AUCUCUUCUGCUCUGCUCGUGGACCAGGUUUAGACAUCAGAAAGAACCAGAUUGGACUUCUUACUGAACUCGAUUUCUUUAUAAAUGAUGAGAGAGGAAGUGCUUUUCUUUUCUGGAGUUUAAACCGGACUGUCAGCUGAACAGGAGCCUCUGAACCGACACUGAACAGGUACCAUGCAGUCUCUGACGGCAGAGAUCCAGAGCUUCUCCCGCUCGAGGCUCAGGAAGCAGUGCACGCGCGUCACGUCUCUGAGCGGCCGCAGGAUCAUCGAGACGUGGAAGGGUUCCACCAUCACCGUGGUGGAGGACCCCGUCCCAACAGAGAGGAUUCUGGGAUACGUCCCCGACACUUCCUGGGACCUUCAGGUCGGCAUCGUCAAACCCCACCUGCUGCUGGGUUCUCAAGAUGCUGCACAUGACUUUGGAACUCUCAGAAAACACAAGGUGUCUCACAUCCUGAACGUGGCCUUCGGCGUGGAGAACGUGUUUCCUGACCUCUUCAUCUAUAAGACGGUCAGCAUUCUGGAUCAUCCCGACGCCGACGUGCUGCUCCACCUGACGGACAUCUGCAGCUUCAUCCAGCAGGCCCGCAGCGAGAAAGGCGUGGUUUUGGUCCACUGCAACGCCGGUGUGUCCCGGGCUCCGGCGGUGGUGAUUGGCUACCUGAUGUCAUGUGACGGCCAGUCCUUUGAUGCUGCUCUCUCAUUGGUCCAAUCAGCCCGCCCGGUCUCCUCCCCAAACCCCGGCUUCCUGGAACAACUGAGGGGCUUCCAAACGCUCAACGGGUCCAAACACUGAGACGAAAGAAACAAGUUUGAUUUGAAUCAGACAUUUUGUGUAAUUCAUAAUGUUUGGGCUUGUUGCAUUGUGGGAUGAAAUCGUUCCUGCACGGGCUUGAUGGUCCAGGAUAAAAACAGCUGAUUAUAAGGCAUGCAAGGUUGAACAAACAUAUAUAACACAUUCUUAAAUGCUUUUUCUUUUAGAGACCGGUCUCUCUUUGCUCCAGCAGUAUAUAUAUUAGAUGUGGUUUUUGUUUGAUCAGUGUUAUGCGU